ACUAUCAAUUUAACAGUCGAAAAUUGUUGAAUUCAAAAAGUAAAGUACCCACAGAUAUCAAUCUUACGAAAAAUAAAAUAACCAAAGAAUCUAGAAAAUACGCAAUCCUUUAAUAUGAACCUAAGAGUAAAACAAUAGGAAUGUGAAUCGAAAUCCGUACUAUUUUCGUGGACGAAAACUGAUUUGAUUUGCUUUAAUUCGUAUAUAAUAUGUUAAAGUGUAUAAAGUUUCAUCUGUAAUUUGGGCUAGAAUUAAUAUGAAAAUGAUGACUAGAUGUAUCCCGGAAAAAAACAAAGGCUUUUUCAAAUGCUUAGAUAAAUGUCUCCUUUUAUCCCAUGAGAAUAGCGAAGGCUUGAAAAUCAAUUUAAUGAUUGAAAAAGGCGGUAUUCCUAACUAUAUGCAAUUCGACAUAUCUUUUAAUUUAGAAAAAUCCUAUAGUUAUAAAUCUAGCAAAUUAUUUCUCUUAUGGUCUGUCAUACUAUUGAAUUGUUUAAUUGUCACUUAUGUAGGAAUAACAUUGGAAUUAGUGAUAACUUUUUUUACUAUAUGUAUGUGUUUAGCGAUUAUUUGGUUCCGUAUGCUAAAAUCAGAAACUGUCUUGAUCAUUCCAAAUGUUGGUAUACGCAGCACUCAGAAUUAUCCGACCAGAAACUUACACACCUUUGUAUCAUGGGACAGAAUUGAAGAUAUUAUUAUAAAUGAAGUUAUUGUGACGUCUAAAGUUCUUUAUUACUUGACUAUUUUGGUUAAAGAAGAUCCCGAGAACACUGAAAACAUUGAACAAAAUCAAUUAACCCGACUGGUGCCUCUUUUUUUGAGAACAAGGCCCAGUUUGGCGGUGUUGGAAAAGAUUUAUGCAGAUGUACAAGACUUACUGACGGAGGCUAAGCAACAAGUGUAACCUGAUUCUUAAGUUAUUAUACUAAUAGUAAUAGUAAUGGGUAUUGAAUUUCUGUGAAGUUACUUCAUAAUUUCUCAGAGUUUUGACCUUUGAUUCCUUGAGUUAUGCAUCACGGAAUGUGGUCACAGGGGUUUAUUGUUUAAUCAGUUUAUCAAGUGGCUAGUUAUCACAAUUAGUGUGGCAUGGGUCUGGGUUUGAAUCGCAGUCGGAGCUCAUAACUUUAUUAAUGUUAUUUGCGAAUUGGGACCUGGGUAUAUUCUUGUAUCGGAAGUGUAUGAAGACAGUGGAACCUCUAGUUUGGGGCUGUUUAACAUGUAUUGAAUAAGUAUACUUUUUGUAUCUUAAUUUCUAUUGUAGGUAAAAUUAAUUUAGUAUUUUAACGAUAUUAACUAUUUUAAAAAUAUUCAAGCCAGUGAAAAUUGAAAAAUAGAUGAUAAAUUUUAUGAAAUAUUAAACUUUUAAAUAUAAAUGUUAUUUGUUACAAUUUGCAAUGUAGGUAUGUAGUAUGUUAUAGUUGAUUAUAUAUGUGUAACUUAAUCAGUAUUCAAAUAAAAUUGUCCUUCAGUAAACA